CAUUUUUGUGACUACUCUGUCUGUCAAGUUUCUGAUUGUGUUUGUUUCACUUGUGUUUUACUUUCAGGAAAAAGAAACAGUAAAUCAUUUGUGAAUGGUAACAUUUCUCAAUAAUCGGAUCAGUUUAAAUUCGUCAGGUGGUGUUGGUUUAGUAGGUUGUGACCGCUGAUAAAACAGUUUUUGUUCAACAUUUGAUCGCUAACUCAGUAACUCACCUUAGGCCCCUAUUACUCAAGAUAAUUUCACUCACCUAAAAUUUGUUUAGUUCUAUGAGCAUUCAAUUUAAGCAGAGAUUACCUAGGUUUGCAACAGAUGUCAGUAUCUGUUUCAGUUUGUAUGAUCAGAUUUGAAUUAUGCAACUUGUUGGGUGAAGAUCUAGAUUCUAGUGACUGUACUAUGGCCUCCAGUCAAGGCAACAACUCAAAAUCUAGAACUAGAAGAGAUAUUCGAGAAUAUACUGUUGAAACAUAUCCACAUAAAACUGAGACUUCUGUGCCAAAACCUCUAGUUUCUAACUCAUUUUCAAACCGGGAUAGGAAAUCACAAGAACCUGAUCAGUCUUCUUCAAAAGAAGAUUGUGAUCUAGUUAAUUUUGUGUCAGGUAAUCCAUUUGUUGAAAUUACCAAAGGUAUUCUCCAUCUAUACAAAGAAAAUGAAUUAACAUCUGUUGAUAAGGCAGCUUCAAGUCAAACUGUUUGUAUCCUGGCAGUACCAGCAUCAAUGACCUGUCAUGAUUUGAUUACUUUCUUAGCCGCUUGUCAGGGAGAUAUAAAGAAUAUCCGUGUCAUACGUGAUAGUUCUCCAAAUCAAUAUAUGGUUCUCUUAACAUUUCGUUCUGAACAAUCGUCAAUUAACUUUUACAUGUCUUAUAAUGGAAUACCAUUUAAUUCUCUUGAACCAACUUCAUGUUGCAACUUGGUGUUUGUGUCUCAUGUAGAAUCAGUAACUGAAGGAGAAGCUCAAAUCCCUCCAAUACUCCACACAGAGCUACCAACAUGUCCCGUUUGCCUUGAAAGAAUGGAUGAAUCUGUUGAUGGGAUUUUAACAAUUCUUUGUAACCACUCAUUUCAUGGCAGUUGCCUUUCAAAGUGGGGAGAUACAACUUGUCCAGUUUGUCGUUACGUUCAAACACCUGAACUAGUGGCAGAUAACCGUUGUUUUGAAUGUAACUCUGCUGAUUCACUUUGGAUUUGCCUUAUAUGUGGACAUGUCGGUUGUGGCAGAUAUGUACAUGGCCAUGCAUUCAAGCACUAUUUAGACACUCAACAUUGUUAUUCAAUGCAGCUGGAGAACAACCGAGUUUGGGAUUAUGUUGGUGACAAUUUUGUCCAUCGACUGCUUCAAAAUAAAGCUGAUGGAAAAUUGGUUGAAGGAAAUGUUCCAGGUAAAGAAGAAACUACCGAGAAGUUAGAUUCAAUGCAAUUGGAGUUUACUUACACUCUUACUUCACAGCUGGACUCUCAACGACUGUAUUUUGAAGACCUAAUAGCAAGAUUUGAGCAACAGAGUCUUGAGAACACUUCAAAAAUCAAAGAAGAACUGGUCAAACAGACUGAAGAAAAUAAAAACCUUCAAGAAAAAAUCACCCUUUUAAAAAAAGACAAAGUUAAUGCUGACAAAAAAAUCCAACAACUCACUACAAGAUUGAACCAGACUCAAAAUGAAUUAACAGAAGAACGCCAAAUGAGCAAAGCAAUGCAGGCCAAUCAAUCUGCAUGGCAAAAGAAGUAUUCAGAAUUAGAAGAUAAAUUCAACUGCUUUAAAUCAGAAAAGGACAAGGAAAUAUCAGAACUGAAAGAACAACUUCGUGAUAUUAUGUUUUACUUUGAGGCUGAGAAACAGGUAAUGGCAAGUGAGCAAAAAGAUGAAAUUGCUGAAGGACAUAUAGUUGUUGGAGAACCUUCAAGUGGAAACAGAGCCAAGCACCGAAGGAAGAAGAGUAUGAAAUAAGAAAAGGAUUUUGCAGAUGGAUAGGCCUAAUAAUUUUAAAAUGAAUGCAGCCAACAUACAAGUUCAGUUGACAUAAUUUAUGCAUACAUCACUACCACCAUUAUCUUCUUCUACCUUCAAAAUAUCAUGGAUAGAAAUUUACCAAUAACAUGUAUAGUGUGCAGAAUUUUAUUGACUUUUACCAACAUGCUUACUUAGUUUGAAAAGUAUUUUUAUACACUGCUAAGCUUUACAUUCCUGUGAUUUUACUGAACAUUAUAUACCUAACCAAUUAAAUAAAAUAUAACUGUGUAGAUUAAAGCAUCUGUCAUAUCAUCAGGCUAAAUGCUAGCCCUGAAAUAAGCUUAGCUAUUCAUCGUUUGAAAUUUGGCUGUGAGCAGUUUUGGUAUGAUCAUAUUGUGAAUUAACAUUUGUAAUACAUCAUUAUAAAUAAUUUAUCAAUUA